AUGAAAGGAGCAUCACUAAUAGAGCCAGAGAUCACAACAGAAGCAGCGACAGCUCGUGCCAUAUCAUGUUUUCAUUUCUCUUUUCCAGAUCUAUCAGAAUUUUCUGAGACCUUUAAGCUAGAGCUCAGUGUGACAGGGGGGCCACCCUGUGCCAAGUCAGUUUACUCACGCCAGGGCCUUGACAGCCUGGAUGAUCUUUGUGAGCAACUGUUUCCAGUGAAAUCCCACAGCCUAACAUAUGCUCCAGAAAAACUCAUUAAAGAUCUCUUCCAAGAGCACCAAGGGCUGAAGAGUUUAAUGGAUGAACAGUUGAAGGAUGUUUUUGAAGGAGUUGUGAUAUUUUCCAGAAGCUGGGCUGUUGAGGUUGGCUUGUCAGAAAACCAAGGCAUAAUCUGUGAUGUUCUCCUAGUAGCCAAGGGUAGGCCACCUAUCCUCUAUACAGUAUGUAAACAUAUCUCUGAGGACUUAUUUCACUACUCAAGACGCACAGCCUGGAGGCUGAAGGAGAAAUUAGUCAACACUGGAGGUUAUACUCACAAACUGUGUGUAAUACCAAAGCUACUGACUUUGCCUCCCAGCUAUAACUAUGGAGAGGAAUGGGAUCUGAAUGUUCAAAAACUGUAUCCUCAAAACUACGGCUUAAUCAACAGUGUCAACUUGAAAAACCUCUUGCAUUCUCUCAUCAUAGUUUUGCUGAAUUUCAAAUCUUUCUUGAGUGACUCUGUUGGCUUUGAAUUUUUGAACCUCUUGACCAUUGAACAAUACCAGCUACUGUCAGAAAAUCUCCACAAAACUAAGAAGCUGUAUGUUUAUGGUCUACCGGGAACAGGAAAAACUGUUGUGGCCCUCAAAGUCAUAGAGAAAAUAAGAAAUAUGUUUAAAUGCAAACAACAGGAGGUUCUUUACAUAUGUGAGAACAAACCUCUGAAAGAUUUUGUGAGAAAGAAGAACAUCUGCCAAGCUGUGACAAGAGUAGCCUUUUUGAAGAACAGCUAUAGUUAUGUGAAGCACAUAAUAAUUGAUGAAGCACAGAAUUUCCGAAAUGAGAAUGGUGAUUGGUACCAAAAGGCAUUGGAUUUGACUUCAUCACCAGAGCUCUCUGAGCCUGGCUUUCUGUGGAUUUUCUUGGACUACUUGCAGACAACUCACUGUUUCUCCACUGGUCUUCCAGAACCAAGACAGCAUGAUCCUGUGGAGAUGCUAACCAAGGUGGUUCGUAAUGCUAACAGUAUCUAUUGCUAUCUAAAGAACACAAUGGAAGAGAUUGUAGAAAAUCCUACUGUAGGUAUUCCACAAGCACGUUUACGGAGGUUGUUAGAUUCAGCCACAUGUGUUCAUGGUGUCAAAGGCUUCUUUGAAGAAGUACGUAUGACAGACAGAAAUGAAAUAGCAGAGUAUGUGGCAAAGCAUUGUCAUAAUUAUCUUAAAAGUGGUUACUCUGAGAAAGAUAUAGCUAUUCUGUGCUACAACAGUGACAAAGUAUUGGCAUACAGUGAAAUACUGAGAAAAGAAUUGAGGAAGUCAAAUAUAUUACCAAGAAAAAUGAAUGAAGGGCUAGAGGAGUACACUAUUCUAGACAGCUUCCGUCGUUUCUCUGGCUUAGAAAGAAUGAUUGUGUUUGCUAUUAUUCCUUAUCCCCUUCCCACACAACAUGAAGUUUUAAAUAAUAUAUUAGUAUCUGUAGCAUCCAGAGCUAAUUUAAAUAUGCACUUAUUACGUGAGUACUGGGACAUGGAAGAAGCUUACUCUUACACCAAUAGUACUGCUCAGAAAAAAAAUACUGGACAGCUCAGGCAUCCAGAAUUAAAAGCCUUUUUUUAUUAAAAAAAUAAAAAUAAAAAAUCAACUCAGAUGCCCAGGGAAGUAGAAAAUGAAGCCUUCUGUCCAUAUUUGAACUAAUAUACACAGAAAUAGCAUUUACGAGAUACCUUCCCACUCAACUUUAGCAAGUCACUAUGGGUUAGAACCACCUAGUUCUAACAGCUUUGCAUUACUGACCUUAGGUAUCAGUAGCACUUCUGUCUUGGUUUCAAACAUGCCAGUGAGGCAAAACUGCUAAAUGCAAAGUCCUUUCAAAGAAAAGAUCUAAAAUUCCUAAAACUGGAUAUCUAAAAUUGAAGGCUGGUUGAGGACAAGCCAUGGACCUUCAUACUGUUUUCCACUACAAAAUGGCCUGCGGCUCAGCUGGUUGGAAGAAGAGUCUAUUACAAUCCCUUUAUGAUUACAAGACACCAAUGAUUAUAUUAGAUAGAGUUAAAAUAAGGCAUAGUACCCAUCUAGAAUCAGCCUUGAAGUAAAUUUGCCUCCAGACUGUCAAACCUAUUAGCUCAAACAUUCUUGCUUCUUUUACUUCUGGAAGCUGGAGGUAUCUUCUUUUUUCCCUUAGUCAUUAACUAGGGAAGACUAUCUGCACAAUUCCUUUCUUGUCUUCCACAUGUCAAUCACUUAAUCGUGCCAUGCUUAUCACAGGAAUGUCACUAACAUUUACUAUGAUCAGAAAUAUUUUAAUGUACUUUCAGAUCGCUGCAGAAUAUCAUAUUUACUGUGCACUUAGAUUUCUGUUCUCCUGCUGCAGACUAAAGCAAGGGUCUCUUAUUUGUGUUAUGCAUAACAUGCACAGAGAAUCUAUGCAGAUUGCAGAUAUUUAUACAAUAAAAUUGUAACAUGAUUGCCA